CCCGGAACGUGGCGUGCGCGCGCGAGCGAGAAAGAUCCGAGGGCGGUGUGGUGACGGCGCAUGCGCGCUAGGACUCGCCCGUUCCUCCGAGUGGAGGAGGGGGGGCAGCUGGCUCCGUCCCUCAGUGCGAGGAGCGGGGAGACGAGGGCCCGCCGCCGCCGCCAAGACGGACUUCCUGUGGGACAAGCGCACCGGGCUGGCGGCCAAGAGGAUGCCUCAUUCCAGAAGGUUCCGCUCUUCAGAACGCAGCAGCCGGGGCAGCUUCCAUGAACGGUUCAGAAGCCGCAAGCAGAAGCGGAGGCGGAGCCGCUCGCGAUCGAGCAGCAGUGAGCGGCGGCACCGCAGGGAAGAUAGCUAUCACGUCCGAUCCCGGAGCUAUGACAACCAUUCCUCUGACCGGCGGGCCUACGACCGGCGCUACUGCGAUGGCUACCGGCGAGACGGCUACAGCCGCGAGCGGGGUGAUGCCUAUUUCGAGGCCGAGUACCAUCAGUCCUACGAGUACCAGCGCUCCCGAGACGGCAGCUACCACAGUUGCAAAAGCAGUCGGCGGAAGCGACGGCGAAGACGCCACCGCAGCCGCUCCUUCAGCCGCUCCUCAUCGCGGAGUCAGCAAAGCAGCCGGAGAGCCAAGAGCGUGGAAGACGACGACGAAGGCCACCUCGUCUAUCGCGUCGGCGACUGGCUCCAAGAAAGAUACGAAAUCAUAAGCACCCUUGGAGAGGGCACUUUUGGACGAGUGGUUCAAUGUGUGGAUCACCGCAGGGGGAACAUGCGGAUGGCUCUAAAAAUAAUCAAGAAUGUGGAAAAAUACAAAGAGGCGGCUCGAUUGGAGAUCAAUGUGCUGGAGAAAAUUAACGAGAAGGAUCCGGAGAACAAGAACUUGUGCGUGCAGAUGUACGACUGGUUUGACUACCACGGCCACAUGUGCAUUUCCUUUGAGCUGCUGGGCCUCAGCACCUUUGACUUCCUGAAGGACAACAAUUACCUGCCUUACCCCCUCCACCAGAUAAGGCACAUGGCCUAUCAAGUGUGUCAGGCCGUCAAAUUUUUGCAUGAAAACAAGCUCACGCAUACAGACCUCAAGCCCGAAAACAUCCUCUUUGUCAACUCAGAUUAUGAGAUGACCUACAACCUGGAAAAGAAGCGUGAUGAGCGGAGUGUCAAGAACACAGCCGUUCGGGUGGUCGAUUUUGGCAGCGCCACCUUUGACCACGAGCACCACAGCACCAUCGUCUCCACGCGGCACUAUCGGGCACCUGAGGUCAUUCUGGAGCUCGGCUGGGCCCAGCCGUGUGACGUCUGGAGCAUUGGAUGCAUUGUCUUCGAGUACUACAUGGGCUUCACUUUGUUCCAGACUCAUGAUAACCGAGAGCACUUGGCGAUGAUGGAGCGGAUCUUGGGUCCCCUUCCCUCGCGGAUGACCAGGAAGACCAGGAAGCAGAAAUACUUCUACCAUGGCCGCCUGGACUGGGACGAGAAUACCUCCGCUGGGCGCUAUGUUCGGGAGAACUGCAAGCCGCUGCGGAGGUACCUGGCAUCCGAGGCUGAAGAACACCACCAGCUGUUCGACCUCAUUGAGGGCAUGUUGGAGUACGAGCCGUCCAAGCGGCUGACGUUGGCGGAGGCCCUGAAGCACCCCUUCUUUGACGCCCUCAAGCUCCAGCCUGGCCCGAAACCCUGGGACUCCAGCCGCGACAUCAGCCGGUGACCGGCGUAGGCCUUUGCCUCUCUCUCUCCCCCCCCACCAUACCUUCCCGCACAUUCGGCCCCUGUGGAGGCUUGUGCGGCUUAUGCACCUGCAUUGUGGUGCUUUAAAGAAUAAUACAGAAGAAAUCCUGAUUCAAUCCCUCCUCACCCCAGGCUUCCUUUUUUUGUUAAUCAUGUAAAGCUUGUUAAUAUGUGAGAUAGCGUGUGUACAUAUAUAUAUAUAUAUAUAUAUAUAUAUAUAAACCAUGUGGGAAAUCUUGUGGCAUUUCCCACCCACCCCAUCCUGUAAAUAAUGUGACUUUCUCAGAGUUCGUGUCCUUUUAACAUCCCUCCCUCUCCUCCUCCCUCUGUUCCCACUGUACAUACUUCCAUCCCCUCCCCUCCUUUGCGGCCUGGUACUUCUCCACCCACCCACCCCUGCCCCAUAAGGCUGGUGGGAUCCCCCUUGAGGAAUUAUUUUUGGAUGAUAAAACCAUAGCCCAUUCCAAUGCCAGAAUUUUAUAUGGAUUUUGUACAGUCUUUGUGGGUAAAAUAAAAAAUAUGACAUGAAUUAGAA